AUGAGUCUGUGGAACCGUUUAAAUUGUAUCUACUUUGGUUCAGAUGUCUUUAAACCUGAGGGCUAUUUAGCGUACAGUGCUCCUGGCAAAGUUCAGGGUCGACUGGUGUAUGGAAGCUACGGUCGCCAGGAAGAUUUGGAGUUUGUACAGAAGAGCGUUAAUCUGACUGGUGCUGUGCUGCUGCUUCGUGCCGGAAAGAUCAGUUUUGCACAACAGGUGGACAAUGCUGCCAAAAAGGGAGCCUCUGCUGUUUUAAUCUACCCUGAUCCCCAGGAUUACAAACUCGUUGCAACCACAGAACUUUAUGGACAUGUCCACCUGGGCUCAGGCGACCCCUACACCCCUGGAUUCCCUUCCUUCAACCACACCCAGUUUGCCCAAACCAAGUCAUCUGGUCUUCCUAAAAUCCCAGCCCAGACUAUCACUGCCAAUAUAGCUACAACUCUUCUACAGAAAAUUGGUGGCCCUGACUCAAGCAGUGGCUUUAGAGGUGAGCUCCAGUCUGUGUCCUACAAGCUGGGAGGGGUUGAGAACAUCACUGUUGAGGUGAACAACGUGUUGGUCAACAAGGAGCUCCACAACGUGUUUGGAGUGAUCAAAGGAUUCGUUGAUCCUGAUCGUUAUGUUGUGCUGGGAGCGCAGAGAGAUGCCUGGGGGAACGGUUACGCCAAGGCCACUGUUGGCACCUCCAUUCUGGUGGAGCUGGCCAAGGCAUUCAACGAGAUGGUGGAGAAGGAUGAUUUUAGACCCAGAAGAAGCUUGAUUUUUGCCAGCUGGAGUGCUGGAGAGUACGGGAGUGUUGGCGCCACAGAGUGGUUGGAGGGUUAUAUGUCGUCAACUGACAGAAGUGUCUUCACCUAUAUAAGUCUGGAUGGAGUAGUGAUGGGUCGUGGAAGCUUCAUAGCCUCAGCGAGUCCGCUCCUCAACGGUUUGAUUGAAAAAACAAUGGAAGAGGUGAACAUGCCUUUUGGAUCUCAGACCAUGUAUAAAAUGAUGGGAGGAAACAACUGGGAGGCCAAAGUACUCAGGCCAAUGUCAAUGGAUGACCCUGCCUAUCCAUUCCUGGCUUUCUCUGGAAUUCCCUCCAUCUCUUUCCACUUCAUCUCAGUGAAUACCGAGUCAUAUGCUUACUACGGCACCAACCUGGACAGCAAAGACAACCUCAAUUACCAAACCAACAAACGCACCAGUGAUGUUAUGGUGACGGCAGCCCAGUUCGCUGGUCAAAUGGCUUUACGAUUGGUCCACGACAACCUGUUGAGCCUGGACGUGAGUCGGUACAGCAGCCCCAUCACCAGAGCUGUGGCCAAAAUUUACAAGCGCAUCAAUCAGCUCUCACAGUCUGGUGACCUGAAGGGCAUUAGUCCCAACUGGCUGAAUCUAGCUCGAGGUUCAUACCAGCGAGCAGCUGACAAAAUCAACAAAGCCAUCGACAACACAGACGUAUCUGAUCGAGAGGCCUGCCGGAUCCUCAACGACAGGAUCAUGAGGGUUGAGCGCUCUCUCCUCUCUCCAUACGUAUCCCCCGUUGAGACUCCUUUCCGCCACCUCCUGCUCGGCCGGGGCUCCCACACCUUAGCGUCCAUCGCAGAGACCACCAACAUGGAGCAGCUCCGCACCCAGCUGGCCCUCGCCACCUGGAACCUGCAGGGAUGCGCCAAUGCCAUGAUGGAGAACAUCGCCGACAUCGACGAUGAAAUUUAACCUAAGAAACCUUAAGCACAAAGUAUCAGAGGUCCCUUUCUUUAAAUUCAGAGUGAGAUAAUUUUUCCAUUCCUCUUCUUAAAUUCAAAGAUCCUACGAGGGGAAAAAUAAGAACUGUCCAAAUUAAGAGCCAAAUACUUGAAAAUGAAAAUGGAGUUCAGCUCUCCUUCAUCAACAAACUGAAACGGGCAGAGAUUUUGUUGCUGCCUCUUGCCAUUAAAGCACUGAUACCUUAUUUAUACUUUAUGCAUAUUUAUCAGUGGCAGUGCCCACUAUAUUUAUUAUCUUUUGUUUUUUUUAUACAGCAUUAUCGGAAGCAGUGUCUUCCAUAAUUAUGACGGUUAUACUGUCGAAAGCCACAGCAGCAUCUGCUACACAAAUGACUCCUUGUUACUGACUAAAUGGAGCCUCGGAUAACGUUACGUUUUCCUUUUUCUGCCAUUUAUUUGUCCCUUUUUUUGAAACAUUGGAAAAACUAGCAAUUACGUUGUCCAAAGAUGUGUCAAAUGGGAGAAAUAAAUGGCAGAAAGAUGUACUAAAUUCAAAAUUGGUUUGACCAAAUCAAAGUAGAAACUGUCUGUUUUUUGUAACUUCAUUUGCUUAAAGGCAAGAAAGUGAUUUUUAGCAAAUUAAAUUUAUGACUACGCAAAACAAGACAUGGACAGAUUAUUAAACCUCUGAACUGAUUGGUUAAAAUCAACAGUAAAUCCAUUUAUGUUAAAGCGUCUCUAAAUUAUAACACUUAACAAUGGCGUUAUCGGGAGCAGUGCCUUCCAUAAUUUAAACCCAUUAUCGGGAGCAGUGUCUUCCAUGAUGAUUACCAGUGACGGUAGUUUUUGCCUACCUUUUUUUUUCGUUUUGUAUUUUGUAUGUUGUGUAUUUAUCGAGAGCAGUGUCUCUCAUAUUUCACUUAAAGGGUGGAACAACUUGUCGGGGACAGUGUUUCCCAGAGUUUUAUACUUAUUAGUGUUUAUGGUUCAUUUUUGGAUUAUGUUCCUUGGUGCAGUGUUGUGUGGACCUCUUGUUUCUCUUUAUCAUGUUUGGAUGUCUAUUAUUGUAUGGUUUAUAACACAAGGUGAGCCUCACCAGGGGAGGUGGGUAACGGAGCAUUUGUCCAGAUUAUGAGGAAGUUUUAACAGACUGACAUAUUUCACAAAGUAAAGGUAGAAUUGUUGCAUAGUUGUUUCCAGUGUAGCAACUUCUUGAAAUUUCCUUCGUCAUCCCAUUUAAAAUACCAUCAAAUCUUAUACACGUUCAGGAUUUGCUAAAUGGUCACAUUUGACUCCCGUGCAAAAGAUUUUUAUAGAUUCCUGUACAAUAAUAGUCUUGCUUUAAUGAAAAUGUGACCUAAAAAGGUCAUUUGCCAUUAUUAUUGUUGCCAAAACAGAAAAAAAUAUGCCAUAUUUGAAUUGCAAUCAUGCCGUAACUCCUCUUAAUACGGAACUGAUUUUCAGGCAGAGCCACCAUGUUAACUGGUUUAAAGUAUAUAGUUCUUGCCCACCUCUCCUGUAUGAAUAAUUCCAGAUUGAGCAUCUUAGUAGCUCAACACUGAAAGUUUUAAAUGCACUGUAUUUAUUCUAGACAAUAC